AUGCUUUUCUUCACCCAGUGCUUUGGGGCUGUGUUAGAUCUUAUUCACCUGCGGUUUCAGCACUACAAGGCAAAGAGGGUGUUCUCAGCUGCCGGGCAGCUUGUCUGCGUCGUCAACCCAACACACAGCCUGAAGUAUGCACCGCCCCGCUGUGCAGCUGCACAGACGUCCGUGGAGCAAGGCAUCCUUCCUCCCUGCCAUCACCAUGAAGCAGUGCAUGACCCCCAGCUCAUUCCCUGCACGUGCCCGCUCUUCUCCUGCCCGUGGGAAGGGCAUCUGGAGGUGGUGGUGUCCCACCUGAGGCAGACCCACCGCAUCAACAUCCUUCAGGGGGCAGAGAUUGUCUUCCUGGCCACGGACAUGCACCUGCCUGCACCCACAGACUGGAUCAUCAUGCACUCUUGCCUUGGUCACCAGUUUUUGCUGGUCCUCAGGAAGCAGGAGAAGCACGAGGGCCACCCACAGUUCUUUGCCACGAUGAUGCUUAUCGGCACACCGACCCAGGCCGACAACUUCACCUACCGGCUCGAGCUCAACAGGAACCAGAGGCGCCUCAAGUGGGAGGCGACUCCCAGGUCCGUACUGGAGUGCGUGGACUCAGUCAUCUCAGACGGGGAUUGCCUUGUGCUGAACACUUCCCUGGCUCAGCUCUUUGCUGACAACGGAAGCCUAGCAAUAGGAAUUGCAAUAACCACCAGCAAAGUUCACAAGGCUGAAGCUGAAAUAUGA